CUCCUCCCUCCCUCUCUCUCUCACUACUCGGCGGAGCAAGUUGUCGAUAUCACCGCGCCACCGCCGUCGCCGCCGCAGGCCCUUCGCCGGAGCACCGCCCGUCGCGGCCUCCCUGUACACCACCCUUUCCCCCCCUGUGAUUGUGGGGUAGUUCGCGAUAUCGAACGUUGCUCUCCCCUUCCCGAGAUUGUCUUCACUUGGAGGUGAGGAAAGUUCUUGGCUUUCUGCGAUGGCGGCUGAAGAAGCUCCUCAAGAUCAGAGGAAACGCGCGCUGGAGGAGGCGCUGGAACGGCGGUUCGCGGUGGCGCGAGCUGAGGCUAUGCAGCCGCAAGAGAGGAGGAGCAGUAAUAACCGCAAGUUUGAUAGAGGAAGCGGGAGAGAAGGUGAUGGUGGGGCUGGCACUGCUGGCACAGCGUCCUCCUCCGUUACUUCGGUGAAUAAAGAUGUCGAGUCUAGUGAUCCAACGUACUCACUACUAUCUCAAAACAUGCACGAGAAUCUGUUAGUGCAGAAUUUGGAGAUUUCUAGCAGAAGAGGAACUGGAGUUGACAGGGUGUUGCAUGAACUUCUCCAGAAGGGUGAUUCAGCUCAGAAAUACAUGCAGGUCAGAACUAUGAGACUGGAUGAUGUGAUUCUUCUUGAUAAUUAUGUACCAAAACGUAGCACUCUGGCUGGUGCUCGCCUCAGGGCUUUGCGGAGCCAAUCAAAACGGUCUAAAACUCACAUGUCUAUGAAGCAGCAUAAGAAAUGUGGAUCGUUUGAUUUGCCUCAAGAUCUCAAAUUUGACUUCUUUAAGCCGAUGCAUGAAAUGUGGAAAGGCUACAUAGUUGAACUUUUGAACAUCAGUGGAAAGAAUCAGCUGGCUCAGUGCCUCCUCAGUGCAGAUUUACAUGGGGCUAUUAUUCAAGUUGCUGAGUGUAAAGUGACUUCACUUUCUGGUGCAAGUGGUAUUAUGAUACGCGAAACUGCAGAAACAUUUGGAUUAAUCACGAAAAAUGAUAGAUUUCGGGUUGUGCCCAAGAGAGGUUCUGUUUUUCUGUUCCAAGUUGAUUGCUGGAAGAUUACGUUAUGUGGAGACAAACUUCUUGCAAGAGAUUAGGGUUGUCACCGGGACAAUGUUUGUUUCUUGGCAAACAGUAUAAUUUUGCUACUUAGAUGCUGUAUCAGCCAUUUUUUAUGUACACCAUCUUUCGAGUAUGGGGCUUUUGACUUCAACUAUCUAUUUUAUUGCAGCAAUAAAUUAUAUAAAGGAAAAUUUGUAGUUUACAGCAACCAUUUCUUGCCUUUUUGACCAAGUUUUGAUAUAUUAUAAUUAGUUACUUGUUA